AUGCCCGGCCUUGUGUUGAACAGCGAUCAUAUUGCAGGCUGGGGCCUGUCUCCGCCGAGCGAGCCAGCGUACAACUCUGUACAAAUUUUUGACCAAGUCACUGUCUUCCUCGCGCUCCCUACGGCGCUCUUCAUCCUUGCGAGCACCCUCAGAUGCUACACGCUGCGCACGGCGGGCGUGCGCCCACCCCGUCGUCUCGCGCUCCUGCGAGUCAAGUUGACGCUGCUUGCGCUCGCCUGCGUCUCCGAGACCGUUUCCUGCUUUGCGGCUUUCGCUUUCACAUCCCCGAACUCCGGCAGUGUCCUGGACGUGCUCGCGCUCGGCGUCGCGCUGCCCCUCACCUAUCUCAACCACCGGUGCACGCGCUCCUCGUCGACACUCCUGCUACUCUUCUUACCUGUGCAUGUGGUCUGGUUCGCCCUACGGUACUUUCUCACAGGGACCGCGGAGCCCGCCAAGGCCUUUGCCGCGGUGCUAUGUUUCGUAGUCUUCGUCUUGGAGUGCCUCGGUGUCGAACGCGGCGAGAAGACUCACUGCGCUGCGGAGAGGCCCGAGAGCCCCCUGUUCACCGCAAAUGUCUUCUCUGUCUGGUCGUUCUCGUGGUUAUCGGACCUGCUGAAGAGGGGAUCGUCAACGCAACUUUCCACGGAAGAUCUCUAUCCGUUGACACAACAGGAUAGAGCUGCUCCACUCGAGGAGCGCUUGCGGAAGGCACGAGAGACAUGGAAAUCCCUCUGGGCUGCGUUGAUCCUCACGUAUGGCGGUCCGUACGCACUCGCCGCAGUGCUCAAGAUCAUUCACGACGUGCUGGCGUUCUCGCAGCCUCAAUUUCUGCGAUGGCUCUUGAUAUACAUCUCCAGGUACCAGGAGACACAGUCUUCACCACGAAAAGGCGACCUCCCGGUGGAAGGCUUCGCGAUUGUCGCAGCGAUGUUUUUUGCCUCCAUCGCUCAAACCGUCAUUCUACACCAGUACUUCCAAAUCUGUUUUGAGACCGGCAUGCGGGUGCGCUCCGGCAUUGUCACGAGUAUAUAUCAGAAGUCGUUGUCCCUAGCCAAUGGGCAUCAAUACGCAUCCGGCGACAUCCUCAAUUUGAUGUCGGUAGACGCAACAAGACUGCAGGACCUUUGUACAUACGGCCUCAUCUUGGUUUCCGGGCCAUUCCAGAUCACCCUCGCGUUCAUAUCUUUAUACAGGAUACUUGGAUGGUCCGCGUUCGUCGGCGUCGCGAUCAUGGUCUUCUUGCUACCAUUCAACACGCUGAUUGUUCGAUUCCUCAAACGGCUGCAAGAGCGUCUCAUGAAGGACAGGGACCACCGUACCCGCCGCAUUGGCGAGCUGCUCGCGCACAUCCGGAGCAUCAAGUUCCAUGCAUGGGAGAACACCUUCCUGCGCCGUGUACUCAGCGUGCGGGACAACGAGCUCGCAAUGCUGCGCAAGAUUGGCCUGGUGACUUCGCUCAAUGUAGCUGUGUGGAAUGGUACACCUUUGCUUGUCGCAUUUGCGUCUUUCGCAGUGGCCUCACGGGUGUCUGCGACACCGCUGACACCCGAUAUAAUCUUCCCAUCCAUCUCGCUCUUCAUGCUCCUCAUUUAUCCGCUUGUCCUGUUCGGUCAGGCAUUCACUAAUAUCAUCGAAGCCGUUGUCUCCGUCAAGCGGGUCGCGAACUUCCUCGCCGUCGGUGACUUCCACACAAACGGACGCCGGGUGAUACGAAAUGUGAGGCUGGAGAUAGGCGACGAGGUCCUAUCGGUGAAGGAUGGCGAGUUUCGUUGGAGCAAUGAUGGCUCGGCAUUGCCUGUCUUGGAGAAUAUUCACCUGGAUGUCAGGAAGGGGGAGCUGAUGGGUGUCAUGGGGCGCAUCGGGAGCGGAAAGACCAGCUUACUGUCUGCGGCUGUCGGAGAAAUGAACCAGACGCGAGGGGAGGUGCGGCUGUACGGCCGCGUGGCGUACGUUCCUCAGUCGCCUUGGAUGAUGAGCGCGACAAUCCGGGAGAAUAUACUGUUCUCGCAUGUCUAUGACCCGGAGUUCUAUGACGCGGUGCUACAUGGCAAAUCAACAGCUUGUGCGCUCAACGAAGAUUUGGCCGCAUUACCGGACGGUGACCUAACUCAAGUUGGGGAGAAGGGAGUCACCUUGAGUGGUGGGCAGCGCGCACGCGUCGCGUUAGCUCGUGCCGUGUAUGCACGGACAGAGUUGAUUGUCCUCGACGAUGUACUGUCUGCACUAGACAUGCAUGUCGCUCGUCACGUCUUCGAUCACGUCAUCGGCCCCUCUGGCCUCCUCUCGACGAAGGCGAGACUCGUUACGACGAACAGUACACAUUUCCUCAGGUGGUUCGACAAGAUAUUGUAUUUAGGUCCAGGGAAUGCACCGGAGAUUGGAACUUUUGCGGACCUUACGAACGACCCUGGGAGCCAGCUCUGCCGCCUCAUCAAGGAACACAGUGCUUUAGAAACCGCCAAUGGAAUGUCUUCCGGCGACACAACGAGCUUGUCCUCGCAGGGCAGCACUACGGGGGAAUACAAGGUGACCGAGGAGCAUGGCCAGACGAACGACAAGCAACGGCCUCGCCGCAUGAGCUUUGGGAAGGCUGUGUUGCAUGUUGCUCCCUCCGCGUCAAGCAAGCCAGCCAAGGAGCACAGCGAAGAAGGGCGUGUCAAGACGGACGUCUACGUACAGUACAUCAAGGCUGCCUCGAGAACCGGCUUCGGAUGCUAUGUAGUGUUUAUGAUGCUUCAGCAGGUGCUCGUAGUUGCGGGUAACGACACUUUACGUGCAUGGAGCGAGCAUAAUCUAGAAACAGGGCGAAGGGACGGGGCGCUGCAUUAUCUCCUCAUAUAUGGCGCAUACUCCCUUACAUCAACUGCAAUUGGAACUGCGGCAGCAAUACUUCUGUGGGUGGUAUGCUCGGUACGAAGCUCUCGACGGUUGCAUAACUCCAUGCUCAAUUCCAUCAUGCGCGCUCCACUGAGUUUCUUUGAGCUGACCCCUCAUGGACGGAUCGUCAACGUGGCGUCGAAAGACACCUACACAGUUGAUCAGGCAAUCGCUAAGGCUCGUUUGUGCUGCCAUCAUGACGAUGGUUUGUAUCUGAUCACCUCUCAGGAUGUUGAGCAUACCGUGAGGGAGACAUGUAUUGGUGUGAUGAUCGUCAGUGUCAUCGGAUAUCACUUCCCAAUCUUCCUCGUUACUGUCUUACCACUUGGAUGGUUCUACAUCACCGUCAUGAGAUACUACCUUGCAACGUCACGGCAACUCAAACGCCUCGAAGCAACCUCCCGUUCGCCUGUCUUCAUCUGGUUCUCGGAAACCCUGGACGGCCUGUCAACCAUACGCACUUUCAACCAGCAGUCAAUCUUCAUCACAGGGCUCCGGGACAAGCUAGACCUCAAUCAGGCAUGUUACAUUCUAAGCGUAACGGUCAACCGAUGGCUCGCAGUACGCCUCGAGUUCGUUGGUGCCACAGUUAUUCUGGUAGCAGCGGUUUCAGCACUAUUCACACUUGGUAUAAAUGGGGUCAACGCCGGGUUGGUCGGUUUUGUCCUCUCGUUCGCCUCAAACAUCACUGUAUCAUUGAGUUGGUUGGUACGUUCCGCAAGUGAGGUCGAGCGGAACGCCGUGAGUGUCGAGCGGAUGCUGCAUUACAUCAAUUUGGCACCCGAGGCACCAUAUGAGACUCUUGAGCCAACUCCGGAGAAGUGGCCUGCCAAGGGAAAAAUUGAAUUUCGGUCUAUAAAUACAAGAUACCGUACAGACUUCGACUUUGCUCUCAAAGAUGUCACGCUCAAAAUUAACCCCGGAGAAAAGCUCGGAGUCUGUGGAAGGACUGGUUCGGGAAAGUCGACUCUGCUCCUGUCCCUCUUCCGGAUGCUUGAGCCUACAUCCGGCUCAAUCUACAUCGACGGCGUGGACAUCGCUGAAGUCGGGUUGCAUGAUUUGAGAUCUGCCAUCUCUAUCGUACCCCAAGUACCGGAUGUCUUCGAAGGGAGCAUCCGCGAGAACAUCGAUCCAACAGGAGCAUAUCAGGACAGAGACAUAUGGGAAGCUGCGCACUUGAGGUCGUAUGUCGAAGCACUUCCUGGAGGCCUCGACACACCCGUGAGGGAGAGUGGAAGUUCAAUAUCAUCGGGAGAACGACAGCUUCUUUGCUUCGCGCGCGCUCUGCUGCGAAAGUCGAAAAUCCUUGUACUGGACGAGGCUACGUCUGCUGUAGACCUGGACACUGACAAGCUCGUCCAAGAGACGUUACGGGGACCUGAAUUCGCGGAUAUCACCAUCAUCACGAUUGCCCAUCGACUACAGACCAUUAUGGACUGUGACCGUGUUCUCGUGCUCGCUUCAGGAAGGGUCUCGGAGCUCAACACACCGCGGAGCCUGCUGGAAGAUACGCAGUCCGAAUUCUAUUCAAUGGCGGUAGAAGCUCGCUUGGUUUGA